UCUUUUGGGAAACCCCCAAACAAACUCCUCCGCCGAGGAGUUCCCGCCUCUAAACGGGGGCGUGGAGUGGAAGCCAGGCGGGGGAGGAGUGAAGAGCGCCGCUCUCCUUCGCCUCGCUAACACCCUCGCCGCCUUCAGAGUGGUGCGGGCGCCAAACAAAGGGCGGCUGUGCGCGCAUGCACGGGGGUCCCCACUCUCUUCCUCCCCUCAGCCGUUCUCAGGGCGCAGCGGCAGCGGGACUCCCUCGAGAGCCAAUGCAGCUGCGAGGCCGAAGAAUGGAGAGCGGUCCGGCGCCCCAUGCGGGUGUGUGAGAGGCGCUUUUGGUUAGCCGCCGUCCGCCGCCACCAUGGCCAUCGCGCACAUCGCCACCGAGUACGUUUUCUCGGACUUCUUGCUGAAGGAGCCGUCGGAGAGCAAGUACAAGGGGCUGCGGCUGGAGCUGGCCGUCAACAAGCUGGUCACCUGCAUCGCCGUCGGGCUGCCCCUCCUCCUCAUCUCGUUGGCCUUCGCCCAGGAGAUCUCCAUAGGUACCCAGAUGAGCUGCUUUUCUCCAAGUUCAUUUUCCUGGCGCCAGGCUGCUUAUGUGGACUCCUACUGCUGGGCAGCAGUACAGCAAAAACAACUCUCGCAGAGCGACUCGGGACACCUUCCACUCUGGCUUCAUAAAUUUUUCCCGUACAUCCUUUUGCUAGUUGCAAUCUUGCUCUACCUGCCAUAUCUCUUCUGGCGCUUCACCUCGGCCCCCCACCUUUGUUCGGAUCUGAAAUUUAUUAUGGAAGAACUUGACAAAGCCUACAACAGAGCAAUCAAAGCCGCAAACAGCUGCCAUAAUGCAGACACGAGGGAGUUUGCCGGCUCAUCGCCAGCCAUUAAUGAGAACAUCGCUCAGAGUUUCUGGGAAAUAUCUGAAAGCCACUUCAAGUACCCUAUUGUGGAACAGUACCUGAAAACAAAGAAGGGGUCCAAGAGCCUCAUAAUCAAGUACAUUGUUUGCCGUUUGCUGACACUGACAAUUAUUCUGCUUGCUUGCCUUUACCUGGGCUAUUAUAUCAGCCUUUCCUCAAUAACCGAUGAGUUUAUCUGCAACAUCAAAACCGGGAUAUUAAAGAACGACACAACUGUUCCUGAACAGUUCCAGUGCAAACUGGUUGCCGUCGGUGUCUUCCAGCUGCUCAGCUUUAUCAACAUCAUUGUGUACCUGUCGCUCAUGCCCAUUGUGAUCUAUGCAUUGCUGGUCCCAUUCAGGCAGAGCUCAGACAUCCUGCAAGUGUAUGAACUUCUGCCGACGUUUGACGUUCUCAAAGUCAAAACAAAGCACUACAAUGACUUAAGCCUCUACCUCCUGUUCCUCGAGGAAAAUGUCAGUGAGCUUAAAUCUUACAAGUGCCUCAAAGUUCUGGAGAACUUGAAAGGCAGCGGAGAGAGGUUUGACGCCAUGCAACUCCUGAUGAAUCUUGGCUCAAUUAAAAUGGAUGUCGUAGAUGACAAAUCAGCCACUGCCAAAGUGGAAUGCAGAAAGGAAACCGAAGCAGAAACAGAAAAGAGUGCAACCGAAUUGCAGGAUUUGACGGAACUGACAUUGCCUGGCGAUGGAGCAAAAACAAGUAAAGACGAUGGCAAGCUUCGUCAGAGGCUUCUGGAUUCCUCUUGCUGAUGGACCCACACAGCAAUUUGUUGAUUACGAGGGUUCUUCCUAAGCAUGCCAGCAUAUGCCACGUUGAACACUGGACUUGCCUUCUUGCUGAGUGUAUACAGGCGGGAACCAAAGGGCAAAUCAUGGUUUACACGCUGUUUAUAUGUCUAUGUUUACAUGCCUGACUAGCCCCCUUUGUCUUAUGACAGCUUGUUGAGGUUAUUUAUACUAACUCUGUGGGAUAGAAACAAUGGAAAAAUGAGGUCCAGGAUGUAAAUAGGAUGCAGAGAGAAUGGGAGAAGAGAAUGUAACUGAAGAAAAAAAGAGUAACUCUUCCACUAAAUGGAAUGCUUGAGGCCAGUUAUACACAUGUGUGGAUAUCACUUAUAGCAUAAUCCUAACCAUGUCUCCCAAGUAAGUCCUGUUGAAUUCAGUGGAGCUUACUCGUAGGUAAGUGGGGUUAGGACUGCACCCUUAAUCACUCUACACUUGAGUCUGGUUCGCAUGUGCAUGCGCACACUUGUUUUCACUUAAUUAUCAUGCACUUAAAACCAAGCUGUCAAAUAACUAGAACGCUUUCUCCUCUGAAAUGACUAUUUCACAGCCUUGGAACAACACGCACAGAAUGAAGUGGUGGAGCGGACUGAAGGGGGUAGACUGAAGGUGGGGGGAGUUCUUUUUUUUAUUGUCUCUCCAAACCAAAUCUGGAAAAAAAAAGCCCUCUUUCAGUUGCUUAUUGCAACAAAUAAGCACCUGCUAAAUAUAUGCAUGUUCAUCUUUUACAACGUCACAACUGCCACCACUGUGGCAUGAAACUCUGGGGAUGCUUUGAGGAGAAUAGGCACAGUGAUCUGGAGGAACUCAGUUAAAUGGUACUCCAGUUCUCCUGUUUCCUUACUUUGAUUGUGAUGUAAAUGUUCAAGGUACGUAUGUGCAAGAGAUCAAUCUGGAUGCCAAACUCUCAGGUUUUCUUUCACUGCCAGGGGGUGGGGGAGUUUCAUGGGAACAUCCCUAUGCCCAUUUUAGAUUACAAGCAGAAAGCCAUUUUCAAGGAACAAGGUUGCUCAUGUUAAAAAACAUUAAU